AUGGCAACCAAUCCAAACCUGCUCUUUGCUAUGCAAAGCAUCGCUUCAAAAGCAUCUGUAUCAACUCUAUCGACUGCGACCACUACUCUCGCAACUCCUCUCGCUCCUCACCGGGUGGCUCUGGCACGCACAAAAGAUCCUCGCCAUGGAUGCAUCAACGGCAUCAAGAUCUCCACAUGCAAAAUGUGCGCUGGUCAUGUGUCCAGAACUAAAUUAGCAUGCACCGGAUGCAAAGGCAAUGGAUUCUCAGGGGCGAGAUGCAGUGCAUGUGCCAUUGGCGCAGUGAUUGCGCUGAGAGCGAUGAUCAAGGAAGUUGCUGCAGCAGCCCGAGCUGAAGAAGAAAAGAAAGCAGAGGUUCCCGAUAAGGAGGAAACAAGGGAGGAAGAGGCUCUCGAAGUCAAGGACACGGCAGAAACGAAGGACGAGAACGCUGAAAACUAG